CACAGCAUUAUAUUGAAAAGAGAAAGUGUAAUUAAGCACAUUCUUCCGCAUUAAUCUCUCUCCUCUUUGUGUCAUCCAACCUCAUAUACUACUGAUCUCCAUUUCCAGAUCCCCAAGAACACAACUCAACAAUAAGAGGAAGGGGAAGGGACGAACAAGAGGAAGAGGAGAGAGAUGGGAAGAGGGAAAAUACAGAUAAAGAAGAUAGAGAAUCAGACAGCGAGGCAAGUGACCUUCUCCAAGAGAAGAAGUGGUCUUAUCAAGAAGACUCAUGAGCUCUCUGUUCUCUGCGAUGCUCACAUCGGUCUCAUCGUCUUCUCUGCCACCGGAAAGCUCUCCGAGUACUGCUCCGACCCACCCAGGAUGCCUGAGCUCAUUGAACGAUACUUGCAGACCAAUGGAUUGCGACUUCCUGAUCCUAAUGAUGACCGGGAGGAAUUGUACCAUGAGAUGGAAGUACUAAGAAGAGAGACACAUAAGCUUGAGUUCCGUCUGCGUCCAUACCAUGGACAGGACUUAGCCUCCAUUCCUCCACACGAACUCGACGGACUCGAGCAACAGCUCGAACAUUCUGUCCUUAAAGUCCGCGAGCGUAAGAAUGAGUUGAUGCAGCAACAAUUGGAUAACCUAAACAGAAAGAGGCGGAUGCUGGAAGAAGAUAACAAUAAUAUGUACCGUUGGCUUCAUGAGCAUCGUACCGCGAUUGAAUUUCAGCAAGCUGGGAUAGACACCAAACCAGGGGAGUAUCAACAGUUUCUAGAGCAGCUUCAGUACUAUAAUAAUCAUCAGCAACAACCAAACAGUGUUCUUCAGCUUGCUACGCUUCCUUCUGAGAUUGAUCCUAAUUACCAUCUCCAGCUUGCUCAGCCUAAUCUUCAAAACGAUCCAACGGCCAAAAUUGAUUAAUCCUCAACAGAGCUACACUUUCUUUGUGGAGACAAAUGAAUGAAGUUCUCAUAUCUUUCUUUGAUUACCUAUUGUUGAUUAGCCAAUGCCUUCUUUUGUGUCUGUUUUCUGUGAACCUUGUUUAAUUUGAAGUACAAUUCCCUUGAGAAACAUAGUGGUCACA